AUGGCAUUUACUGGAACAACAACAGAAUUUCUAUCUCUAAAAAAAAUAGACUUUACCAAAGUCAUGGACGGAAUGAAAUUUAAUGGACAAAAUUGGCCAAAAUUCUAUGAAAUAUUUAUAAGAAAUAUCCAAAGCCACGUACCAAAAAAAUUACUUACAACCAGAUUCUUUACUGGAAGUAAAUACUCAGGAUACCAAAGAAUAGACAAUAUGGCAACAAUAGUAGCUAACCCAACAGCAGACGACCUAUAUAGAGGACAAUUCAACAUUUUAUAUAUGAAACAACUAUGGCGAAAAUUAGUAUUACAAACAUUCAAUAAAAUACAUCAAGAUGCAUACUUUGAAAUAGAAGAACACUUUACAUGCAUAUUCCCAAGUGACUGGCAUAAUGGACACAGAACACUACCUGAUAUGUCAAAUGAUGGAACAACAUGGCCCCAAGGAGGCGUAUUCCAAACCUACAAAAGAUUACCUAGUGGAAGACACUCUGCAGAAAAUUACAGAGCUGCAAUAAAACUAUUAGGAAGACCAACAUCUUACGAAGACUUCUUUAACAAAUUAGAACAAGUAUAUGAUUCAUAUAAAGAAGGACAA